UCCACCAGCAGCCUGCCCCCCGGCUGUGGUUCUUAUAAAAACCCUGGUCGUACGCGACUGCUGUAUAGACUCACAGCGGCUUCAGCCACCACUCGUGAAUCCUGCAUUCAGCCGGAGACUGCACCUUCCCCACGUCGUGAUACGACAGGAGACGGUUUUGCUUUUUGGCCAAGGAGCUUAUCUGCGAAAUACGGAAAUGGAAACCUCUGUUCUCUCCAGCCACCAGAAUCCCUUUGCUGCGGUUCCUCUUUCGCUCUUGAACUGCGUUCUUCGUAGCCAAACACACACGAACAGUCAUGCUGUCCUGUGGAGACCGUGGCUCACCACCAGCGGAGAUGCGCAUAGCAGAUGCACGAGGACCCGAACUGUGUGUCCAUACACCACAGCAGUUGUCCCAAGAGGUCAUUUGGUCGGAGGGAAGACUCAAUCAUUCCAGCAUCCCGUAAGGCUCUUCUGGCCCAAGUCGAAGUCCUUCGACUACCUCUACAGCGACGGCGAAGUUCUGCUAAGGAACUUUCCCGUCCAGGCGACCAUCAGUUUCUAUGAUGAAUCAGAAAGCGAGGAUGAGGACGACAAUGAAGACGUCGAGGAGGAAUGGGAGGAAGACGGCGGCAGGGAUUCUAGGAGCUGCCUGAAACAUCUGGCACAUUUUACCAGUGACAACUGAGCUUCAGUGAGCCCGCAGUCCCUGUUUGAUGCCUUCUCGAGCCUAUUUCAGGGGAGCUAACAUCCCAGCCGAUCUACAGGACUGCACAGAUUAAGCAGUUCAGGUGACACAGAAACUCAGCAUGGUUAACACUCCUGUACAGUGUUCGCAAAGACAUCGACUGUCCUUAUUUGCAAACAAAUAAGCACAACGACAAUACCAACUUGUACAACUCCAGACAAAGCCUAUCCUGUAUGGAAAAAUGAAGCAGAAAUGUUACUACAUAAUCGACGUCAAGACUAUUUACACUUUGGUGGUGUAAACUGUUUCACUUUAAGGGUAAAAGCAUACCAAAUAUGCCACUAAGCUUUGAUAGUUUCAAGUAAACCCAUUUCUUUCACAUAUCACAAUGGUACCACAGUGCAUGCUGGGAUUGUAUAGAUCUCAUAUUGGGAUGAUUGUUUUGCCUGCAUAUAAUCUCAGGGUGUGGACCUCGUUUGUAAAUAGAAAAGUACAAUUUCUAUUUUAUUUGUUUCUAAUUUAUGAUGUAAAAUAUGUAUUUAUAUGUAAUUUGUCUACUUUUUAUACAUUGUUGAAACAUUGCAUAAACUACUGUUAUUUAAUUAAAACUACUUCUUAAAGAUAA